AUGAAAAACAUGUGGACAAAUAUAACAUAAACCAACAUACAACCCAAUCAACUCACAAAUCCUUCAAUAUUAAUAGAUAAUACCCUUUCUAAGGCACCUGAUUUAUAUACAUUAUCUAGUAAUGAAAGUCAAUCAAAUCAAAUCUUUCUUAAAACUAAACCCAAAAAACUUUACUAAACUAAAAAAAUCAAAGGAAAAAAUAGAAAUUUCACUCUAAACGAGGAUUCUAAAAUUUUAAACCUUGUUCUGCAACUAGGACCAAAAUUUAAAUAGAUUGCCAAAAAAAUCCCUGGCAAAUCUAUUAAAAGUAUCAAAAAUAGAUAUUAUAAAUAUCUCAGAUACAGAUGGGAUCAAAUCUUGGGAAUGUAAAUCAUCUUUAUAUACUAUUAGAUAAUAUACUCAUCUUAAUGAAAAAUUAGAAGAAACAUCUUUAGAGAAUAUAGUCGCAAAUUCAUGUUUGCAUCAAGACUUGGCUAAUAUUUUAAUCCCAGUGUUUUCUUAGAUUCAAAUGGUUAUAGAGGAAUGUUUAAAUUGA